AGCAGCUCUGCUGCUUUCACUGCUUCUCAGUCCUGCUAGUAGGACGCUCCUCCGACGGCUGCAACUGCGGAGAAAUCUCCCUUCUCUCUACUUUUAAUGAAGAUGACAUAGCUUCAAAAAAGCCUCUGCUGACCAGGGAUCAGCUGAAGCAAUAACAGAGACCCUCCUACCUCGACUGGCUUCAUCAGCACUGCUCUCUUCAGAUGGGAGGUCACAAUCUGCUGGUCCGCUUCACCCAAAUGCACAAUCUGCAUUCCGCCCUCAUAUAAAGAUGGCCGCCCGUGGCCUUUUCUUGCACCUGAACACCCCGGAGCAGAGCUGUGCGCUACCAUGGUGAUCAUUUUCUCAAAAACACUGGAAAAGAAGAAGGGUGCGAAUGAUGUAACGUCCAAGAGCUCCAACAGACAGCUGAGUGAUCUCCGCACCAUGAGCAGAGGGACCACCCUCUUCUCCUGUGGAACAGUCGAGGCAGAUAGAUGGUUGGACCUGGGACGAAGCUGUGCCAUCCAGGAGAAAGCUCGAGAUUCCAGUUUGGAGAGCCUGUGGGAUGUGGGGCCUGAACCUGGGGGCUUGCACUGGGCCAAAGAACCAGGCAGCACUACCGCUAUCACCAGUCUGAUAAGAGAUCUCACCCUGGGAAACAGGAUCAGCUCUCAUGGGACCCCCCCUACCCCAACACAUUUCAUAAGCGGCACCCAGACUCCUGCGGCCCCUCCGAGCAAACGGCAGUGUCGCUCCCUGUCGUUCUCAGAUGAGUUCAGUGGGUCCCGCUCAUCCUGGAGGCCUCAAGGCUCCAGAGUGUGGACAUCUGUGGAGAAGCGUAGGUACCAUAGUGGAGGGAGCGUGAGAGGAGGAUCAAGCCAUUUCCCUCCAAUGCAGCGCAGCUCCAGCUUCAGUUUGCCUUCAUGCUCGAGCUCAGCCCCAGAGGGAACCCGGGACCCACCACUCUUCAACCAGCAGCUGCCUCUUCACCUUCAGUUCACUGCCUCCUCUGUGUCCCCUAACUCAGUUUUCUCGCACCACUCACACAGUCAGGCCUUUCUCCGGCCUUUAUCCCUUUCCCACGAGCAAAUCAGCCUGACAGAGCUUCAGCAAGAAGAGGCAUCUGAGAGCAGCUCGCCAGACUCCACCCCAGAGCUGGGAAGGAGAGGUGCCGGAAAGGGGAGUCUGUCUCGAAGCAGGUCUCAGCCCUGUGUGCUGAAUGACAAAAAGAUUGCUAUGAAGCGCCGAAGACCAGAGGAUGCCCAGGAGCAGCGUCCCUCCCUGGAUUUGGCAAAGAUGACUCAGAAACUACAAACCUUUCAAAGCUUAAGCUGGCCUGGAUUCUCAUCCUCCGACAGCUUCAAAUCCAACCUGAGCGCGCCUUCGUUUGAUUUCGCCGGCCAAUCGGAGACUGACUUCGCUGCUGUCUCAGAGCUGUCGCUGAAGUCGCGGGCGGAUAUGAUCGCAGACGACGGGGAAGAGGACUCAUCCUACGGGGAACUGGACAGUGAUUCUGCAUGCAGUGUGGACUCGCGGUCCGGUUCCCCUGAAUGCUGCAUUGAGGACAGUAAAUGCACCCUCUGGAAGGGUGAUCGCGGGAAGCAGAGGGACAUUUUCCAGCUUGGCGGGGAGCUAGAUCUUGAGCAAAUUGAAAGAAACUGAACAUUUCUUGUUGAAUGUCACAUUUCAUGUUUUAAGAGGUGACUAAAGAGAUGAUAUGAAAGGGAUGAAAUGUUGAAAGGAUUAAGAAAGUAAU